ACGUUCUCUAUUGUACAAUCUGUUCAAGAGAGGUCUUGUGUCGAGUAAGACUACCGUGUCUUCACGUUGCAUGCAGUUUACGAGUGUACGAUUUUAGGUAUUUUUGCAAAGUUAUUUAUUGUGACUUAGCAAAAUCGAGAGGCCUGCAUUAAUGUCAGGUUAUUUGAGGUUAAACCUGCAGUUGAGUAUAACUGUGUGUUUCUCAUAACACCAAUGUGUAUGGCAAAAGGUUUGCUUACUGCUGGAUAGAUAGCAACUACUUAGCUAACGUUCGUUACCUGUGUAACUAUUGGCAAACGUUAGCAAAGUUGGCGUAAGUUGUCAGUAGAGUAGGCAGUUAGUACGUUACUCGGGGUCAAGCUUCGUAGUAACUAUGUGUAACGUUAGUUGCGACGAACUCUAAAGAUAAUGCGACGUGAAGCGGCGGCGUUUUGAGAUUUUCCAUCUCCGCUGCACAUUUUCCGCCAUUCAAAGGAUUAACGUUUGUGUUACUUGCGAGCGAGCUAGCUAGCAUCGUUAGUUGCCUUGUCAGCCUAGACAUCUAGUUUAAAGCAGGAGCAAACAGCAGAAGUCCAACAUGAAUGGUUUUAGCACAGAAGAAGACAGCCACGAUGGUCCCCCUGCUCCGCCGUUCUAUGGGCAAAGCUGCUGUUUGAUUGAGGAUGGUGAACGUUGCGGCCGAUCAGCUGGAAACGCCUCCUUCAGCAAGAGGAUCCAGAAAAGCAUUUCUCAGAAGAAACUGAAGUUAGACAUCGACAAGAGCGUCCGCCAUCUGUACAUUUGUGACUUCCACAAGAACUUUAUUCAAAGUGUUCGCAACAAAAGGAAGAGAAAAACCAGCGACGAUGGCGGAGAGUCUCCUGAUCAUGAUGUUGAGGUGCCUGAGGUGGACCUGUUUCAACUGCAGGUGAAUACACUGCGACGCUACAAGAGGCACUACAAACUCCAAACCCGGCCGGGACUCAACAAAGCCCAGCUGGCUGAGACGGUGAGCCGUCAUUUCCGGAAUAUUCCUGUGAACGAGAAGGAGACGCUCACCUACUUCAUUUACAUGGUGAAGAGCAGCAAGAGUCGACUGGACCAGAAGCCGGACAGCAGCAAACAGCUGGAAUGAGUGUCACUGGGAGGCACAAAUACAAAACAAUAACAGUAGAGCUCUACCGAGGGACAGCUAGCUGCCUUUGACUCCUACCCACUGUCUACAGAGUUGGGCAACGGUCUACAAGUCAAGAUGAAGGCUUAAAUACAACAAAAGAAAAAGACAACAAAAAAAAUCCACAUCCAUUAGGGUCAAGCAGUCUAGGGUAACUGCCUUAAGAAUAUCAAUAUUAUUUCGUAUCUAGCUUUGACUGUUAUCAGAAUAUGAUUUUCCUGUGCCAAACCAUAGGGAAAGGAAAGAAAUGUCAACGGACAUGCUUAAGGUUUUAUAUAUAUAUAUAUACACAUAUAUGCUCAACAUGGAGGAGUAGAGGUGGGCAAAGAAAGCGCUGGCUGGCUCGGAGUGCUAUAUGCUCUUCAACACUAUAGCAGUGUGCUUCUGUGUGUGUCCGUAAGGGAGGGAAGGAGUGAGUGAGUGAGAGUGUGUGUGUCUGAGUGUGUGUCUGAGUGUAUGCGUGUUCGCACAUACCUGCACCAGAUGGGUCCUUUUCUGAUGUGUCUUUUCAUUUGCUUAGGAACUAGCAGCAUGAACAUAUAUAUAUAUAUAUUGCUUUGUCUUCAUGAAAUGUCAGUACUUCUAUAUGAUGGAUUUUUUGUAGACAAAUUAGAUUUACUGUAGAACUGUGUUCUGGUCAUUUUUAAAUUUAAUACUGAUGUGUAUCAUAAUUUAUCUUUGUGUUUUCAGCUGUAAAAUAGACCUGAGGUUACAAGGGUGACCUUUUGUUAAUGUGAUUUAAAAUCUAUACAGCUCUCGUUAAAAAGAAAAUAAAUGAAUACAAUUUAAAAUAAAUAAAUAAGUAAGAUCUACAAUUCUGAUGUCACACCUUGACAUAACUGUAAUGGAAUGCUGAUAAGAGUAUUGGGUAAGGAGAUAGAGGGGACUAUUUAUAUACUAAUGAAGGCAAUGGUGGAACAUUAAGCCAGAGACUCUUUUCUGACAUCAGAACUAUGUGAGUCUGGACUGGGUCUCUCAAAACCAGUUGCUCCUUGGGUCAUUAGAAAUCAUGUGGUUGUGUAAGUGAGUAUAAUUAAUCAUGGAAAAACUUCUCAAUGCCUGCUCACAUAGACCACAUGCCAAACGCUGGCUUAGCCGAUGGUGCCCUAGUACUUUUUAUUAGUUUCGUCUUUGUUUUCACAUGUGCUUUUUUCCUUAACACACAUGGCCAUGCUAACAUUUCACAGAUACCUUAGUGUCACUGUGAGUUGUUUUCUUUUUCUUUUUUCAGCAACUUUUUAAAUUCAUGUUUUUUAACACAUUGAUUGUGCUAUGUUGACUUCCUUGUAGUAGGGCACCUGUAUGUAUAUGUCUGUGCAUUGGUUUAAAUAAACUGGUUAUAUACAGA